GGUGAUUGCUGGACCCCGAGUGCCCUGGGUAGUUGACCAAAAUGCCAAAUAUCAAAAUCUUCAGUGGCAGCUCCCACCAGGACUUAUCCCAGAAAAUUGCCGACCGCCUGGGCCUGGAGCUGGGCAAGGUGGUGACCAAGAAAUUCAGCAACCAGGAGACCUGCGUGGAAGUUGGCGAGAGUGUGCGUGGAGAGGAUGUCUACAUAGUGCAGAGUGGUUGUGGCGAAAUCAACGAUAAUCUAAUGGAGCUGUUGAUCAUGAUGAAUGCCUGCAAGAUUGCUUCCGCUAGCCGGGUGACCGCAGUCAUCCCAUGCUUCCCUUAUGCCCGGCAGGAUAAGAAGGAUAAGGGCCGGGCCCCCAUCUCUGCCAAGCUGGUUGCAAAUAUGCUGUCGAUAGCAGGCGCGGAUCAUAUCAUCACCAUGGACCUACAUGCUUCUCAAAUUCAGGGCUUUUUUGAUAUUCCAGUAGACAAUUUGUAUGCAGAGCCCGUUGUCCUGAAGUGGAUAAAGGAGAAUAUCCCUGAAUGGAGGAACUGCACUGUUGUCUCCCCUGAUGCUGGAGGAGCGAAGAGAGUGACCUCCAUCGCAGACCGGUUGAAUGUGGACUUUGCCCUGAUUCACAAAGAACGGAAGAAAGCCAAUGAAGUGCACCGCAUGGUGCUGGUGGGAGAUGUGAAGGGCCGUGUGGCUAUCCUUGUGGAUGACAUGGCUGACACUUGUGGUACAAUUUGCCAUGCAGCCGACAAACUUCUCUCAGCUGGAGCCACCAGGGUUUACACAAUCUUGACCCAUGGAAUCUUUUCUGGCCCUGCCAUUACGCGCAUCAACAGUGCAGGCUUUGAAGCAGUAGUAGUCACCAAUACCAUACCUCAGGAGGCUAACAUGAAGCAUUGCUCCAAAAUGCAGGUGAUCGAUAUCUCCAUGAUCCUUGCAGAAGCCAUCAGGAGAACUCACAAUGGGGAAUCUGUGUCCUACCUGUUCAGCCAUGUCCCUUUAUGAUAAAAUAACUUUGGGGUUAUUCUCUUUUAAAAUAAAAUAAGAU